AUGGUUAAAGUCGAGCGGGUGUUGGGAACACCCGCACCAGCUAUGGUCGCAGAUUAUUUGAAAUAUGCUGCUCUUGUUGAGCUCGAUGCGUUGACACGCUACGUCCAUCUUCACACGCCUGGCAUAAUGGCUAGAUCCACACCGACGAAGCAGCGGCCAAGCAUUUUGUGUAGCGCAAAGAAGAUUUUGGAGCUCAAAAAUCUCCCAAAAGAUGAAAGAGUGUCAUGGAUUACAUGGAGAAAUGAUCUGACGUUCCUGGCUAAGCAAGUCCUCUCGCGCUUGAUUGCAACCACAAAAUUGAAAGACACAACAAAGAAUAAGGAAUCUGAUGGUCAUUAG